AUGGUAAGGAGUUUAACGCAAUGGACUAAAACCUUAAGUUUUCCAUCGAGGUUGACUCCCCAAAAAAAUACGUCAUCAUCGUCAUCGUCACCGUCAUCAUCUGUGACACCUCCUGGAAGUGAUGUUUCAAUAUUUUCAUCGAUAUCUCCUCAAAUAGAAGAACACAUUUACACGGAACCAAAUUCAGAAAAAAUAAUGAUGGACGCCACGGUUUGUUGUAUACAUCAUAAAAAAGGUUGCAAAUGGACGGACGAAUUAAGAAAAUUAAAAGCGCAUUUAAACACUUGCAAAUACGAUGCCUUACCUUGUAGCAAUAAUUGCGGAGCGCAAAUUCCACGGGUAUUAAUGGAAGAUCAUAUGAAAUACACGUGUCCGCAAAGAAGAGCAAGAUGCGAAUUUUGCGGUAAAGAAUUCAUAGGUGCUACUCUAGAGUUACAUAUGAACAAAUGUAAUUACGAGCCGAUAUAUUGCGAAAAUAAAUGCGGUCAAAAGGUUCAAAGAAGACUUCUUCAACAGCACAAAGUAGCAGAUUGCAGUAAAAGAUUAGUACCAUGCAGAUAUUGUACGAAUGAAUUCGUAGCAGAUACACUACAGGUUCACCAUUUAAAAUGCGAAAGGUUUCCGGUAACCUGUCCGAAUCGUUGCGAAUCGGGUAUGCUGUGCAGAGAAGAAUUAGAAAAACAUUUGAAAGAAGAAUGUACCACUUUAGUCGCUUGCUGUCCAUUCAAAGAUGCCGGUUGCAGAUUUAUAAGUCCGAGAUUCAAUUUGGGAAAACACAUCGAGGAAAAUUCAAAACAUCAUUUGACUUUGAUGUGCGGUGUCGUUGCCAAACAACAGCAUCAGAUAUCAUCGUUGAAAAACGCACUCUCCAAACUAUCUCUCAAUUAUUCCGGUACACUAAUAUGGAAGAUAUCGGAUUUUACGGUUAAAUUAUCCGAAGCUAAAUCCAAAGAUGGAGUAGAACUCGUGAGCCCUCCUUUUUACACUAGUCAAUACGGUUAUAAAUUACAAGCUUCCGCUUUUUUAAACGGAAACGGAGCCGGAGAAUCGACUCAUUUAUCAGUUUACAUAAAAAUAUUACCAGGAGAAUACGAUGCUCUACUCAGAUGGCCUUUUUCUCAUUCUGUGUCGUUCACACUUUUUGACCAAAGCCCAAAUACCGAAAAGGCAUGCAACGUCGUGGAAAGCUUCAUACCGGAUCCGACGUGGAAAAAUUUUCUAAGACCCAGCAAAGAGCCAGAUUCGUUGGGUUUUGGUUUUCCCAGGUUCAUUUCACACGAUCUCUUACAUAAAAGAUAUUUUAUAAGAGAUGACACGUUGUUUUUAAGAGUGAAAGUUGAUCCGACGAAAAACGUGGCCGUUUAA